AUGUACGCCGCCGCCUCCUCACACGUCACGAGAAAUUCCUCCUCAUCGUGGUGGUCGUCUCCGCCACUGCGUCUUGAAAACGAGUUCUUCGGUCGGUUCGGAUUCCUCCUCUUGGCGCGCCGCCCGCUCGCUUUCCUCAUCCCCACCGACCCACGAACUCCGCUUCCAGCCUCCCGUUUGAUACCUCACCGGUCUCCAUCUCUGCUCGUCUCUCGAAUCCUCAUCCUGCCCCUCCCCCUCCCCCUCUCCCUCCGAGAAGUUCUCUCUCUCUCCUCCAUCUCUGGUCUCUCUGAAAGCAAGGGAACUAGUUCGAUGGAAGACUACGCCUGGUUUGACGACGUCGCCGGAGAAUCGGACGGGGAGCUCCGGUGGACCCUCGACGGCUUUGCCGAUCUGCUCCCUGCCUCAGGGUACCAGAACCCCUGCUUCCCCAUGUCCCCGCUUCAAUGGCGUUGGUUCUCGUCGACAACCUAGAAUUCGAUUGGAUCAUUUAUCGCUCUCUUCCCAUCUCUCUGAUGACUCAACAUGCAUCAAUCCUCUAGGGUUUUGCAUAGCCGAUCAUGAACUCCUAGUAUCCUUCGUCGGCUCAAGCCGACCCGAACCAAAAUCCAUUGGGGAAUGCAUAUGGCAGUGAUUGACAAAAGACCUGAUCGGAUUAUGCGACUCAACUGUGUAUCAGGCUGUCGAUUGAGAGCUCGGACGUAGAUCGCGGCGGACCACGCCAGACAGGCCGAAGAAAAAGGUACAUUUUCUGAUCAUGAUUUUUCUUUGCACAUCGAAUCUGAUUCUUAAACAUGCGGAGGGUUCCAAGAAUCUAAACAUCCAUGGCGCCUUUUUGUUGGGUUCGUCUUAAUCUCUCCCGGGUGAAUACUUUUCUACACGAAUGCUGUCUUAAACAUGCGGAGGUCUCUGCUUUCUAGAGAAGGAUCCGUGGGGAUGAUCCCUUUCUAAUGGAAUCAGUGUUUACUCUCUGAUCUAAACAUUUAUUAGAUUUCGUUUCUCUGUAAAAAAAAAAGAAAAAGAAAAAGAAAAACAACUUCCGGUUUCUUGGUUGGAUCUGAUUGAAUCUCUAUCCGCGGCUGUUUAGGGUUUUCCGGAUAUCGGAUACCGAUUUCGGCGGAGAAAAUGGCCUCCCUUUCUUCCCCAUUUGCUCCCAUCUUUGAGCCCUCUUGUCCGCAUUACUCCGCUGGUAUUUGUUUCCCAGAUCAGAUAUUAUUCGAUAAUCCCGUGUGCAUAUAACAUGAGUAAUAUUCGGGUAUAUGUGAGGAUGUUUUCCAGGGCAGUUCAGUUCAUGAUAUCGGGUUGUCACUGAUAUCCUCGCAGAGCCAAAAGAGCGCUGUUGAUUGAACCGAGCUCAAAAGCUUGCAGGGAGAAAAUAAGGAGAGAUAAGCUGAACGACAGGCACUCUCUCUCUCUCUCUCUCUCUCUCUCUCUCUCUCUCUCUCUCUCUCUUGUUGGGGUUGGAGUCAUGAGGAGUUCGCUGGUACUUAUGUUCCUUCUCCCAGGUUUGAAGAACUGAGCGCUGUACUCGAGCCGGGGAGGCUUCCGAGAUCAGAUAAAGCUAGCAUCUUGAGCGACGCAGCUCGCGUUCUUGAGCAAUUGAGGCAUGAAGCGAGGCAACUCAAGGAAUCGAAUGAAAAUCUUCAAGAUGCGAUCAAAGAUCUGAAGGUAUCCUUGCCGUUUUUAUUUAUCAAUAUAUAAUUUUUACAACAUCUGUAGAGUUUCAGAUACAUUCAUUGGGUAAGGUUAAUCUUCCGUGACCAGCUUCUUCUUCCUCUGGACUGUUGUCGACAGGCGGAGAAGAACGAGCUCCGCGAUGAGAAGCUGAGACUGAAGGCGGACAAGGAGAAGCUGGAGCGACAGAUCAAAGCUCAAGAUCCUGCUCCGGCGAAGACCACCACCACGCCGUAUCUUCUGUAUCCGGGAGUCUCACUGUGGCCAUGGCUGCCCCGCCAUGCUGUGGACACCAGCCAGGACACCAGGCUCUGGCCUCCCAAUGCGUAG